UUGUGCUAUAUGCGCUGAUUCCCCGCCGGGGGCUGGCAAGGCAUGUUUGUGCUUGUCUUUUGCUUUUUCGUUGAUAACAAAAAUCGGCCACGCCAAGCCAUACUAUGCACAGCGCCGCUGCUUGAUGCUGGCCAGCUACCCGUAAUGAAAGCCCUCCCAGUCAUCACAUCCGUCGCCUGGCGACUCGUCGUCCUCGCCCGCCUCGCCCACCUCGCCGGCGCCCACGGAGGCCUGAACAACUACACCGUCGGCGACACAUGGUACAGAGGCUACGACCCAACCAGCCCCCGCGAGGACCAAGAAGGCGCGCCCUGGAUGGUGCAGCGCCUCUGGUCCACCAUCGACCCGCUCACCACCGCUUCCUCCCCCUUCAUCUCGUGCAACCAGCCCGGCAGCCCGCCGCCGCCGUCCUACAUCCCGAUCGAGGCCGGCGCCGUCCUGGGCGCCGCCUACUGGUACUGGCUGCACCCCGUCGGCCCCAUGACCGUCUGGCUCGCCCCGUGUCUGGACCCGGACCUGACGGGCGCGCGCGACUGCCGCGACCUCGACCCUUCGGACCCGGCCGACGGCGUGCGCUGGUUCAAGAUCUGGGAGGCCGGCUUCCUUCCCAGCAACGACAACGACAACGACAACGACAGCGACCAAGGCGGAGGUGGCGGAGGUGGAGGAGGGGGCGGGGACCUGCAGACGGGCACGUGGUACCAAAAGGCCUUUCAGCGCUGGGACGGGCUCGGCCCCGCAAUGUGGGAGGUCCGCCUGCCGCCGCGGCUGAGGCCGGGUCUGUAUAUGGUGCGCCACGAGAUUGUGAGCCUCCACGUCGCCGGCAGGCCGCAGUUCUACCCCGAGUGCGCGCACCUCAACAUCUCGGGCGCGGGCGACGACCUCCCGCCGCGCGAGUUUUGGAGACCCUUCCCCGGCGCCUAUGACGGCGACGAGCCCUCCCUCAUGAUCGAUAUCUACUCAGACGAGAUGAAGGGUGUUACCAACUAUACCAUACCGGGAGGCCCAAUCUGGGAGAGAUUCGAUACGCCCAUCGUUAAGUACUGUCUAAACUGCUAGGUACCUGAGAGAAUAUACUUAUAAGACCA